CAAGACAAGAUGUCACUGGUUCCCUAAUUUUCUGUAUCUGCCCUACCUCUGUCUUUCUAACUUUCUGUUACAUUCCUUCUUAUCUAUCCCAUUAAUAAUUCCUUCCUUCAUUCACUCUCGAUGCUUGUUUCUUUUGAAAUGCUGACUGAACUUAAACCCCUUCCAUGGAUUCUCUUCUCUCGCUGACUUCAUUCACUUGCACCCCAAUCGCAAUCACCCCACUUUCCCCAUCUACCACCUUUUCAUUCUUUAACUUCAGACCCACCACCACUUGUCUUUCUUCUUCGUACACAUCUCCUCCAUGGAAUUCCCCGAGAACCCCUAUCUGGGUGCUGCAAACGAUAAAAAAGGUGGCAUCUUUGCACACCCACAAGUGGCUUUCCAGCUUCCAAGCUUGCACAACUGAUGCAGACAAAGCAAUGGAAGAGUGGAACGGUUGCUACCUUCAGAACAGAGGAGGGUUGGGGGUGGCUCUGUUGAGCGUCACAGCCAAUGCUAAGCUUCGGAUAAGUCCCUUUGUGGCGACAUUGGCGGCGAAUCCAACCUUCGUUUCGGGGCUGUUGGCGUGGCUCAUAGCGCAGUCGAUGAAGGUUUUCUUGAACUUCUUCGUGGAGAGGACGUGGGACUUGAAGCUCUUGUUUGCUUCUGGGGGGAUGCCGUCCUCGCACUCUGCGCUUUGCACUGCCCUCACCACCUCCGUUGCUCUCUGUCAUGGCGUCGCUGACUCGCUCUUUCCGGUGUGUUUGGGCUUCAGCCUUAUUGUCAUGUAUGAUGCAAUUGGUGUCAGGAGACAUGCUGGCAUGCAAGCUGAGGUGCUAAAUAUGAUUGUAGCAGACUUGUUCAAAGGGCAUCCAAUUAGUGAAAGGAAGCUGAAGGAACUUCUAGGACACACUCCAUCCCAAGUUAUUGCUGGUGCUCUACUUGGCUUCUUAGUUGCCUGUUUCUGUUGUCAAGCUUGUGUUGUUGGGACUUGAGGGAUUGAUUAUGUUGCCAUUUUUUGUCAAAAAACUGUAUCAUUCAUUUCACAUACUAGUUGCUCUGAUGCAGCAUCUAGUAUAGCACCUGCUUAGUCAGCACACUGUAUUAUUAUUGUGCAUCUCUACUGGCACUGGAGGCCUUAUAAAUUAUCAUUGAUUUGCCAUAUAUAGAGAGACUAAGCUUCUCCUCCUUGAA